AAAAGUAGAAAGAUAAACAGAAAAGUGAGUCCAAAACCAUCAAUAAAUGCAGCUACCGAAAUUGCUAUUUCCACUCCUCAGUCGUCGUCUUCCACUCCACCACCAUAUAUUUCUCGUGCGAAUAUCGUUGAUACAGCAGAUAUCUUUUAUGUGAGGUUCAGGUUGGAUUUCUGAUUUGUUUGUUUAGGUGGAUUUGUGAUACAACUGUAGCUAUACACAAACUAAAUUAAAGUUUUCCCCCAAUUAUAUUUUGUGUUUUCGAUUCAAUCGAAUAGAUCCACAAACCCUAAUUUUUUCACUGCAAAAUCGGCUCGGUGAAAAUGGCAACUCUACCGUUUGAGCUCGUCGAGGACAUCCUCCGCCGUCUCCCCGUGAAAAGCCUCAAGCGGUUCCGCGCCGUCGCGAAGCUGUGGUGUUCUCUCAUAGACAGCGAGAAUUUCGUGAAAAUGCACCUGCUUCAGUCGGUGGCGUCGAAUUCACACCGGAGUCUUGUGCUCGGAGGGCUCGCCGUUUACACGCUUGACUUGGAUUCACUCGACAAGGCUCACGUCGUCAAACCGCCGUUUUACUACAAGACGGUCGACUGCAUCUCGAAUUCCUGCAACGGUAUAGUUCUUGUGAUUAGCGAUCCACCUGUUUUGUGGAACCCUUUUUCUAGAGAUUACAAGGUUUUGCCGCAGUGUUCGGCCGAAUACCCUACUGUGGACGAAUAUUACACGAAAACCACAUGUGGUUUUGGAUACGAUUCGAUAAACGAUGAUUACAAGAUCGUCAGGGUAGUUGAGUACAGGAAUAAAAGCAGCCAUGUGUGGAUGAAUUCGAAGACUAUGAUCUACGGCCUCAAGUCCAAUUCCUGGAGAGAAAUCGAGGAUUUCCCUUACCCGCUGCCCUUUCUGAAGGGGCACUGGCGUGCGUUUGUUAGCGGAGCUAUGCACACGCUGGUGGAGGAAUACGAUCGUGGGUACAGGGCGAGGAUUAUGGCUUUUAGCAUCGAGAGCGAGAAGCAUUACGAGGUGGCAAUGCCGCCUGGCUUUCGGACAAGAAUUUUCGAACUGAACUUGGAUAUCAUUGAAGGGCGCCUUUGUCUGGUUUGUACUAACAGAUCGCGUGCUGUUAUUUGGGUGAUGAAUGAGUAUGGAGUGAAGGAAUCGUGGACUAAACUAGUUUCGAUUUGUCCUCCUUUAAUCGAGGAGGGUGAUUUCGUGAAGCCGCUUGCGUAUUCCGGUGACAGAGAUAAGAUUCUGCUGAAUUGCGAAGACAAGAGGCUUUUUUGGUAUGAUUUGAAAAAGAAAAGUAUUGAAGAUGUUUUGGUGGAUGGUAUGCCUUUCGUGUUUUACGCUGAACCUUGUGUCGAGAGCCUUAUUUCGCCUGACGGACCUCGUACGGUGAAGAAACUCGGACGAGAAAAGAUCAAGGGAAAGAAGAUCAGGAAUAAAAGGGACGAUUUCUUGUCGGAGGGAUUCAAGCUGGUGCUGUAAUUAAACGAGCAGAGGAAAAGGCAAGAAGCAGAGAAAGAAAAUACUACCGGAUGAGAUAAACGAGGCAAGUUAACCAUUUUCCCUACUACAGUUGAUACAUAAUUGCUUAAAUUUUAAAAGUCUACUACACAUUACACAUUUUAUGAAAUCAAAUAUCGUUAUUGCUAUUCUUUCUUCUAAUGAAUAACGUAACUGAUGAUAGUCAUUUUGAAUAAGAAACUGUCUCUGACUCACUUUAGUCACUUUAAAUUGUUUUCACGGAAGAAGUUCUAAUGGACCAUAUUAAACAGAUUAUGUUCCGUGUUUUUCAUUUGACGGAUUAUCGUUAUUGCUAUUGACUCACUAUGCGUAAAGCUUUAGAAUA